AUGCACGUGAAAAGGUCGAUGCCGAAAGCAGAUCGUCGACGUCUUAUAGCGAGUAACAGCAUGAGUGACUUUGAUGUGGUCGCACCAGAAGAUUUCUCUGACGACAAUAGACUUUUAAAUUCUUUGGCAAUGAGAAAAAAGAAACACAAGAACGAGACGUCCGCGCCAGCCAAGAAUAAACAAGGAAAUGGUCGUCAUGAAGCAUCUGAACCCUUAUUUGAGGCAUCUGAUCCCUUAUUUGAGGCAUCUGAACCCUUAUUUGAGGAUGCCCAUGAGGUGGAGUUACAACUUUUGGCAAUUGAGACGCGCCGAUUAGACUUUGAAGUGGCCCAAUGGAAACAGCAACAGAUGUUACGACGUGAGGCGUUGCAACUUAAGAGGGAAGAGAUUAAGUUGAAAGAAGUGACAACGAAACAGCAGCAACAUACCCAUGUCAUGGAGUUAAAAACCGGUAUUCUUCAAGCUUUGGAUCAAGUUGGUCAACCCCCGGCUCAGGCAAGAAAAUAUCUUGCACUUUUAGAAGGAUAA